AAUAUCAGGAAAAUCAGUUUACUUAAAUGACCUUAUAAUGUUGAACUCUUGCAUUCCAUAUGACAAAAUCGUGAAUAUAUACAGAUGCAGCGCGCGCAUAGAAUUGUUACUGUUAUGUUAUAAUGUUAUAAUUGCUGUCGGCACCCUUUUUGGGGUGCCGACAGCGGCGAGUUGAAAAAGUUCACCCGUUUCUGAGGUGCUGCUGAAGGAAAACAGUGACCUUUCUAGCAUGGGCAGUGACGACGUGUGCUUCCUGUCGACUUCGGUCAACGACCAGUCUUCAAGCAAUACCACUGCCCAUUGGAAAAGCCCCCUAUACGCCGCCGCUUGGCUAAUUUGUAUGUGUGGCAAAGGCGACCCCGCGUGCGCCGUACACAGACUUGUCUUCGCUUCCCAAACGCUUCCCUUCUCAGCCUUUUUACUGGGAGUCGCCUGCAAGCGGCGGCUUUUCCAAAGCGUCGGUACUUGGUAGAACCGAAAACGCAUUCCGAGCCUCCGAUAUAGCUUUCGUUUGGCUUUUGUUAGCGUUUGCACUUUUCUCCCGUCCCUGUAGAUUACAUUUUUGAUGAAUAAAUACAUUGCACUUCCUGCUGUACCUACAUGCGAGACGACAAACAUACUUUCGCAUAAGGUACGCAGUCGAGGUCGGGGAGAACGACCGGUCCGUCCGAUAGAAAGCCUGGCCCGGGCCCGGCCCGAGUAAGAGAAUCUCCAAAUGGCCCGAGCCCGGCCCGCGGACCGGGCUUUCGGGCUGGCCGGAGCCCGUGCACAGCUCUACUUUACAGUCCCCCAGCUGGGUUCCACACUUGCUGUGCCAAUGCACUUGUUUUGUCUUUAGUCCCCCCAAAACAAUGUAUGUAAAUUUGUCUUGACCCCGCGACAAUCCAGCUUCGGUUGUGUUACCUGGCCGAGGUGCUAUUCCGCCGUAUUGUGAAAUUCUGUAAUGGCGUCAUUUUUUUUUUAGCAGAUCAGGCUACUCUCCCGUUUUGUUUCUGUCCUUCCGUAGGCCACCCCAUCGAAUAGGCGCUGCUCGACUUGUGUUUAAGCUCAGUUAUUCAUUGUGUGACCUAUUUAUGGUGUGUGUCUGUACUCUUUCUCUCAGUUGUGCUUUUGCUGGAUUGUAGCUCAUUAUUUAGCUGUUGAUCGCGUACUUUUCUUUUUGGCAUUUCGUUCUACUAUUUUUAACCCACAACUCUUGGUCGUAGUUGUUUUAGCUUUUCUACCAUUUUUCUUUUCUCUGCGACAGUAUGUAGACCUCCGGUUGUUCCUGCGCGUACGUAAAUUGAUUGAUUGAUUGAUUGAUUGAUUGAUUGAUUGAUUGAUUGAUUGAUUGAUUGAUUGAUUGAUUGAUUGAUUGAUUGAUUGAUUGAUUGAUUGAUUGAUUGAUUGAUUGAUUGAAGGUAUGUCGGGAGCAACCGAACGACACCAAGCGCCGACGAUUUAUUCCGACGUGCACGUGUCACUCGAGGAAGUGUACAACGGUUGCACCAAGUAUAUUACGAUCACGAGGAUGGUGACGGGUCCGGACUGUCACACACCGAUGCCGGAAGCCAAGGUGUUCGAGGUCGUAGUGAAGCCCGGCUGGAAGGAAGGCACCAAGAUCAGGUUCCACCGCGAAGGAGACCGGCUUCCCAACAGCAUACCCGCCGACGUCGUGUUCGUCAUACGUGACAAGCCGCACCCACAGUUCAAGAGGAAUGGAGCGGAUGUCCGCUACGUCGCAAAGAUCACUUUCAAAGAGGCACGUGAAGUGGGCCGAGGGCGCGUAGCCGCGCUGCGGUCCUUGUUUUCGAGCGCCUGCUUACGCACCUCUCAGCUGUAUACUCUGCGUAAUGCGUGCCCCCUUGUUUCUUUCAUCACCGAUUCACAGGCCCUGCGCGGGACAGUGCUGGAAGUACCCACAAUCACUCACGGCACGAUAUUUGUGCCGCUGACAGACAUCGUCACGCCCACCACCGUCAACCGCAUCCGGGGACAGGGCCUUCGCCGUUCUGACGACCCCAGCACGCGAGGCGACCUGAUCCUGAGUUUCGACAUCGAGUAUCCUUGCCAGAUGACGGACGCUGCUCUGAAGCUACUCUGGAACACAAUUGCUCUCCUGAUCUGAGAAACGUCGAUGCGGAGAUAACUUCCUGUUUAAUUUGACUUGUCCGUUGAGAAUUUUAGCGCAUGUAGACAUUCAAGUCUCUUUGAUCAGCCGCAACACGUUUUAAAGCGAAUGCAUUUGUGUACAACGACAACAUUUGUGAUAUUUCAUGCUCGUGUGUCACUUAUGGAAAGCUAAUCUGAGCGAGGGAAUAAACUUUAUUUCGGAGACCAAGCUGUUGAUGCCCGAAAGUGGGCGGCCACUCUAUAGCCGUGGCCCUGUGCUGAUAUAGCCUUGCCCUGUUCAGCUAACCUGAGUCGACGAAAUUAAAACUAAAAAAAAAAGUUUUAUGGGCUUGUUACUCAGUUUUGCGGCGUUGGAGCCCUCCGCAGUGCCGGGCCGAUCCCGGAAACGGUGUAGGUCCCGUGGAUAUGUGCUAAACCUCUUUGGUGUCAGGUGUAACUUGUCAACUUGGGUUUAAUUGUCACUGUGUAUGUGCCACUGGGGUCGUAGGCUGUGUGCCAAUGGGUAUGUUCCCCAGGGGACACUGGGUGUGCGUCGCUUUCGUUGCACCUAUUCCACCCCAACCUGGGGGGUCGUUGAGUAUGUGCCUUUGGUAUGUGUGCGGCUCGUCAAUGACAAAAACAAACAAAAAAAUUCUUUAAAAUAUCCGGUGCUGGGCGGGAACUAACCCGCUCGGUAUUUACUGAGGCAGUUUUGUCUCAAUUCAGAUUGGCGUCGGGCUUGAAUUGAUUGACUCGUGCUUGUACAAUAACAAGGCGUGUAUGCGGCUUCAUACACGCCGCAUACUACGGGACGCGUUUCGGUGGAAGCUAUACGUGGAGUAUCGAUACACUUCUUCAAUGCCCAUCGCAUUACAACGUCCACAUCCAUCCAGACAUGAAUUAUCCCGGAAUUCUUUUCGAAGAGAACUUUUGGAACAUAUCUUACGUGAAUGACGGCUCCGUCCAAC